UUUUUAAUCCAGAUGCUCUCCGCCGUGCACCCUGCGUUCGGCAACGAGCUGACACAACCAAGAGGUGAAAGAAGACACACCACCCAGCAACAUGACUGCACCCAGCAACACCUACGAUGUUAUAGUGGUCGGUGCGGGCAUAUCAGGUUUGAGUGCUGCAAAGCUGUUGAAAGCCAGUGGGCUCGAUCCUGUAGUGUUGGAAGCCAGGGACCGGGUUGGUGGUCGUACCUUCACUGUGCAAAAUAAGGAGGCAAAGUGGGUUGAUCUAGGCGGUGCAUACAUUGGACCGACACAGAACCGCAUCCUCCGUCUGGCCAAAGAGUACGGCAUAAAGACCUACAAAGUCAAUGAGCAGGAGAACUUGGUGCAUUAUGUUAAUGGAAAGUCUUACCCAUUCAAAGGUUCCUUGCCUCCCGUUUGGAACCCCAUCACUUUGAUGGACUUCAACAACCUCUUUAGAACAAUGGAUAAGAUGGGCGAGGAGAUUCCCAGAGAGGCUCCCUGGAGAGCUCCCCAUGCUGAGGAGUGGGACAAGAUGACCAUGCAGGAACUCUUUGAAAAACUCUGCUGGACCAGAACUGCUCGUCGCUUCGCCACACUGUUUGUCAACUUGAUCGUGACCGCUGAACCCCACGAGGUGUCGGCUCUCUGGUUACUCUGGUACGUCAAACAGUGCGGAGGAAUAAUGAGGAUCUGCUCCACCACCAAUGGAGGACAGGAGAGGAAGUUUGUAGGGGGUUCGAAUCAAGUGAGUCAGUGCAUGGCGAGGGAGCUGGGAGACCGAGUGAAGCUGCAGUCUCCAGUCUACAGGAUCGACCAGACCGGAGACGUGGUCGUGGUGGAGACCGUGGACAAGCAGACCUACAAGGCCAAGUAUGUGAUCGUGGCCACACCACCUGCUCUGAAUCUGAAGAUGCACUUCAACCCUGAGCUGCCCCCGCUGAGGAACCAGCUGAUCAACCGUGUUCCCAUGGGCUCUGUCAUAAAGUGCAUGGUCUAUUACAGAGAGAACUUCUGGAGGAAAAAGGGUUACUGCGGCAGCAUGGUGAUAGAGGAGGAGGGCGCUCCCAUCGGCUUCACCCUGGAUGACACAAAGCCUGAUGGGACUGUACCUUGUAUUAUGGGAUUCAUCCUUGCCCGCAAGUGCAGAAAGCUCUCAAGCCUGUCCAAGGAAGAAAGGUUGAGAAGGAUCUGUGAGAUCUACUCCAAAGUGCUGGGCACAGAUGAAGCUUUGCAUCCGGUGCACUAUGAGGAGAAGAACUGGUGUGAAGAGGAGUACUCUGGAGGCUGCUACACAGCCUAUUUUCCCCCAGGAAUCCUUACUCAGUUUGGCAGAGUGCUGAGAGAGCCGGUGGGCAAGUUGUACUUUGCGGGCACAGAGACGGCCACCGAAUGGAGUGGCUACAUGGAGGGGGCCGUACAAGCUGGAGAGAGAGCAGCCAGAGAGGUCAUGUGUGCGAUGGGUAAACUCCAACCUAGUCAGAUCUGGCAACCUGAGCCUGAGAACGAGGAAGUCCUGGCACUCCCGUUUGUCACCACCUUCUGGGAGAGAAACCUGCCUUCGGUUGAUGGUUUCCUCAAGUUCUUAGGAGUCUCCACAUUCCUGUCUGCUGCCGCCGCAGCUGGCCUGGUGGCCUACAAGAAGGGCAUCAUCCCCCGGAGUUAAACCACCCUGUCAUCUCACUCCUCCACAUCUCAAGGGAACACGUCUGAAUAGACACUUGUGUACUUCUAGUGCACUACUUUAUGGGCCCAAACUACAGAUUAGUGACCUACAUAGGGUAUACGUUGUUUUUUGAGAAACACCGUGAUGUAAGAAGGACUGCUCAGCUCAUGCAAAAACACUAACACACUGUUACUUUGUCCACAAACGAAAGAGAGAACGAAGCAGAUGAGAAGGGCUGACUGAAAGGUGUUUGAGAGGAGUGACGAAAGCCUAACUUCAGUUUAAAAAUCCAGACUCUGAUUGUGAAACCAAUGAAGGAAAAAAGAUCAGAAUCAAUUUGUAAGGGGAAACCUUCUCUGUCACUAUUACUAUCCCAUACACUGCCAAUGAAAUUCACUGUGUCGAUUAUAUGUGAGUUUAUAAAAGUUGCCAUGCUUACUGUG